AUGGUUGGACUUGGACCACGGCGCCGGCCUUCCCGUAAGGGUUCUAUGGCCGAUGUGCCCAAAGAUGUCUUGAAUCAGAUCAAGGAAUUCGAGGAAAUUUUCACUGUCGAUAAACAGAAACUCAAGGAAGUGGUAGCUCACUUUGUCAAGGAGUUGGAGAAAGGUCUUACCGUUGAGGGAGGCAACAUUCCCAUGAACGUCACUUGGGUGUUCGGCUUCCCCACAGGCGAUGAACAAGGAAACUUCCUCGCUCUCGACAUGGGCGGUACCAACCUACGUGUUUGCGAAAUUCAAUUGACCGAGGAACGCGGCGAAUUCGAUAUCACCCAGUCCAAAUACCGUAUCCCAGAAGAAUUGAAGACCGGUACCGCCGAAGAGUUAUGGGAGUACAUUGCCGAUUGCUUGCAGCAAUUCAUUGAAUAUCAUCACGAAGAUGAGGAAUUGACUUCUUUGCCUUUGGGUUUUACAUUUUCUUAUCCUGCGACGCAAGAAUAUAUCGACCACGGUGUGCUUCAACGCUGGACAAAGGGGUUCGAUAUUGAGGGCGUAGAGGGCAAGGAUGUGGUUCCUCCUUUUGAAGAAGUUUUGAGAAAGAGGGGUCUUCCCAUCAAAACCACCGCAUUGAUCAACGAUACCACCGGAACGCUCAUCGCCUCCGCAUACACCGACUCUGAAGUGAAAAUCGGCUGUAUCUUCGGUACCGGUGUUAACGCUGCAUAUAUGGAAGACGCCGGAUCAAUCCCUAAGCUUGCUCACCUCAACCUCCCCCCUGAUACCCCUAUUGCCAUCAAUUGUGAAUAUGGAGCUUUUGACAAUGAACACAUCGUUCUUCCCCUCACAAAGUACGAUCACAUCAUCGACCGAGACUCUCCUCGCCCUGGUCAGCAGGCAUUCGAAAAGAUGACAGCUGGAUUGUACCUGGGUGAAAUCUUCCGUCUUGCUUUGCUGGAUGUCAUUGACAGCCACCCCGGCCUUAUCUUCGAGGGCCAGGAUGCCUCGAAGCUGCGAAAGCCUUAUUCUCUAGAUGCUUCUUUUCUAUCUGCCAUUGAGGAGGAUCCCUUCGAGAACUUGCAGGAGACCGACGAGUUACUUGAGCGGGUGCUAGGCCUCAAGGCUGUCAAGCCCGAGCUUGAGUUGUGCCGUCGCCUGGCUGAACUUAUUGGUACUCGCGCUGCCCGUUUAUCUGCCUGUGGUGUUGCCGCUAUCUGCACAAAGAAGAACAUAGAGCGCUGCCACGUCGGUGCUGAUGGUUCCGUGUUCACAAAAUACCCUCACUUCAAGGCUCGUGGUGCCCGGGCAUUGCGUGAGAUCCUCGAUUGGGACGACAAGGAGAAGGAUAAGGUUGUGAUUCUACCUGCUGAGGAUGGAUCUGGUGUGGGCGCCGCGUUGAUUGCUGCAUUGACACUGAAGCGAUACAAGGAGGGUAACCUCUGCGGUAUCAAGGACAAGGAUUCCUUCAAGACUCUUAUUUAA